GAAAUGUAAUGCAUGGUGCACAAAACAGAGGCAUUACCCAGUUCAGAGCCCUGUGUGAUCCCAACGGCAGCACGCCGUGUUGUUUUGAAAACAAAUGUGUAUUCAAGACCGUCGAACAAUGCAGAUGUAAGAAUUGUUUCGAUCUGAGGCAGAAAUUGCACGCAGAGUUGUCUACAUGGAUUCCGGCCGAGCCAACAUGUAAGAUUACCAUUUUUGCUGGAGAGGAGGAUUCCUGCAAGGUUAUGAAGGGUAUGACGAUUUAUUUCAUAGGAGACUCUUUUAUGUGGCAGCUAUACAUCGCCGUACUCAGUUUAUUACGAAAAAAUAAGCCGUACGGUCCAUUUAUCAACGGAACACCCGCAGAUACACUAAAGAACUGUGACAGGCAUUAUAUGCUAAUGCCUGAAUGCUCACCUUGGAUAGGUGUCAACUCAAAUGAAUGUAAUAAUACGACCCGUCUACGAGAGAUUGGAUUUUGGAAAGCUGAUCAAGUGAGCGAGAUGCUGAAAUCUGUCAAAGAGCUCCAGGACCAGCCUAACUCUAUCGUUCUACUAAGCGUUGGCCUUCACUUUCAGUUUAAUUUGCAGGUGGUUGAAAAUAAGGUUAUGAACCCCCUACUGCUGAGUCUGGCAAAUUCGUCUUGGCCAAAAGUGAUCUGGUUAUCUGCGCCAUCAGCUGGACUAAUGAAAUCUCCAGGCUACAAAUAUCAACAACAGGAAAAUGGUAUACAAUACAAUCUCAAGGCUAACGAUCUUAUGAGGAGAAAAGGCAUUCCUGUACUGGAUUUCUUCAAUAUGACUGAACCAGUGAUGAGCUUCGAUGGAACACAUCAUGGU